AUGGCCCUGCCACUCACCUACGCAUGCCUUUGUGUCUUCUUAGUCUCCAGUUUUGUUUUAUGGCUUGACAGACGGCUUCGUCGCUUCCCUAUGCCUCCCGGUCCGCGUGGGUUUCCUAUUAUCGGAAAUGCUUUGCAAAUGCCUCAGGAACGUGAGUGGGUCAAGUUCACUGAAUGGGCCAAGACAUAUGGUGGCAUCAUACAUCUUUCCGUUUUCAAUAGACAUUUCAUUGUCUUGAACGACGCGGAAGCCAUAGCCGAAUUGCUCGAGAAGAGGAGUGCGAUCUACUCUGGUAGACCGUUUUCCCCUCUGGCCAGCGAGUUAAUUGGCUAUGACAAGUUCAUCAUAUUGGAGCCCUACGGACCCCGCUUACGAGAAGGUCGCAAACUCCUCCUUAACAGCUUCAGCACGCGCAACAUGGCCAGUUUGCACACAGUACACAAGUCCAAGGUAUCCCUGUUUCUGCGUAAGCUUCUUGAGGAUGAUGUGAACUUCCGCUUGCAUGUACGAUGGUUGGUUGCUGCCAUCAUCUUUCAAAUCUCGCACGGCCGCAAUAUCACACAUUUCAAUGAUCCCUUCGUCAAACUCGUUGAAACGACCAAUGAAGACUUUGCGCUCUCAGUUAGACCAUUUGUCUAUCUAGUCGACAGUCUGCCGUUCCUGAAGUAUGUACCCGAUUGGGUACCCGGAACCGGCUGGAAAUCUGUGGUCAAAGAAAGGCGACGCACGCUAGACAGGCUACGCGACUAUCCUUAUGAAGUCGUAAAACAACAACUUCCCUCGAUCACAGCGUCCGUGAUAGAAAGCAAUCCUAAUCCGGGUCCUGAAGAGGAAGAGCUGCAAAAGACCUCCACGAGCGUCUUGUAUUCAGCUGCAGCUGACACGUCGGUCUCGGCGAUUGAUUCGUUCUUCUUGAUCAUGGCGCUAUACCCAGAAGUACAGAAGAAAGCACAGGCCGAGCUCGAUACUGUCGUCGAGGCCGGAAGACUGCCGGACUAUAGCGAUAGAGACAAGCUGCCUUACAUUGACGCCUUGAUUAAGGAAGUGUUGCGGUGGAACCCUGUCGCCCCACUAGCUCUUCCACAUAGUCUUAUGGAAGACGACACAUAUCGAGGCUACCACAUACCGAAGGAUGCUACUGUGCUGGCCAACAGCUGGGCCGUAAUGCACGACCCUGUGCUCUAUCCCGACCCCUUCGAGGUGAAGCCGGAGAGAUAUCUGAGUGAUCAAGGUGCUCCAAACCCCGACCCUCGGCAGUUCGCCUUCGGUUAUGGAAGACGUGUCUGUCCUGGACAGCUACUAGCUGAGGACACGCUCUUUCUUCUGAUAGCAUCGGUAUUGUCAACGAUGAACAUUACGAAGGCGAUAGGCCCUGACGGCCUACCUGUCAAAGUCGAUGUCGAAUACACUUCCGGGGCCAUAAGCCAUCCCAUCUCCGUACAGUGUAGCAUCACUGUACGGUCAGCGGAAUCUGAAAGGUUCAUUCUCACCAACGCGAGCCGAGAUGGAGAGGCUUGA